GCCUAGCUGCCCAUUCCGUUGAGUUAAUCGGUGCAGCCGUCUGGUUGCGCUGUUUCCGGUUUUCUGCUCCCUGUAGCCCGUUGCUCGGUCUUGUUUGGUUCCAUGGCCGCUGCGGGUGCUGCGUUUCCUAGGCUGGGCUCGGGUUACCGGCCGGAGAGUAUCGUGACUCGUCUCCGGCGAGGGCAGCUGACGGGGUGCGGCCUCACUCGGGGGUCCCAGAUUUCGGAGCAGCUGCUCUUGGAAAGGGAUAAGCAGGCGAAGUGGAACAGCAUCCCCUUCCUUCUGCGCAGGCUGUACGGGGAUAGCCACCCUAACAGUGACUUCGCCCAUUGCCAGAGCAUCCUAAAGGAAAUAUCCCCUCUUCUGUCCAUGGAGGCUAUGGCCAUUGUGACUGACGACAAGAAGUCCAGCACGGAGCUACCGUUUCCCAACACCUACACUUUCGACUUGUUUGGAGGAGUGGAUCUUCUGGUGGAGAUCCUAAUGAGACCGAGCCUUUUCCCCCAGAAGAAGAAACAGAAGAUCAGCGAUGAUCUUAUCAAGGACUGCCUGAGUAUCCUGUACAAUACCUGUAUCUGCACUGAAGGUGUCACCAAGCGAUUAGCGGAGAGGAACGACUUUGUGCUUUUCCUGUUCACGUUAAUGACAAACAAAAAGACUUUCCUGCAGACGGCCACUCUCAUCGAAGAUAUCCUUGGCAUUAAAAAGGAGAUGAUCCAGCUGGAGGACAUACCUAACCUUUCCAGUUUGGUGUCCAGCUUUGAUCAGCAGCAGCUGGCGAACUUCUGUCGGAUACUUUCCGUCACCAUAUCCGAGCUGGACACCGGAAACGACGACAAGUACACCCUUCUCGCCAAAGAUGCUCAGCAGAAGAAGAUUGCAAACCCUUCCAGAGCGGAAGUAAAUCAAGCCACCUUAUUAAACAUCCCGGGAUUCAUUGAACGGCUGUGCAAGCUUGCCACUCGAAAGGUUUCCGAAUCCACAGGAACGGCCAGCUUCCUGCAAGAGCUAGAAGAGUGGUACACGUGGCUGGACAAUGCUUUGGUUCUCGAUGCCUUGAUGCGGGUGGCUCAGGAGGAAACAGAACAGAGUGGCACAGAAUCUUCAGAUGAGGGUGGGCUGGCAAAUCCUUCCUCCAGGACCCAGCUGCCCCAGUCAAUGAAGAUCAUGCACGAGAUCAUGUACAAGGUGGAGGUGCUCUACGUGCUCUGUGUGCUGCUAAUGGGACGGCAGAGAAAUCAGGUCCACAAGAUGAUAGCAGAAUUUAAACUGAUUCCUGGUCUGAAUAAUCUUUUCGACAAGCUGAUAUGGAGGAAACAUUCACCGUCCAACCUGGUUCUUCACGGACACAACCAGAAUUGUGACUGCAGCCCUGAUAUUUCGCUGAAGAUCCAGUUCUUAAGACUGCUUCAAAGCUUCAGUGAUCACCAUGAGAACAAAUAUCUACUUCUGAACAGCCAGGAGCUGAAUGAGCUGAGCGCCAUAUCACUUAAAGCAAAUAUUCCAGAAGUAGAAGCAGUGCUCAAUACAGACAGGAGCUUGGUCUGCGAUGGAAAGAAAGGUUUGCUAACCAAGCUACUGCAAGUCAUGAAGAAAGAGCCAGCAGAGUCCUCCUUCAGGUUCUGGCAAGCCCGAGCUGUUGAAAGUUUCCUGCGUGGAGUUACGUCCUACGCUGAUCAGAUGUUCCUUCUAAAGAGAGGACUUCUAGAGCACAUUCUGUACUGCAUUGUGGACAGCGAGUGUAAGUCGCGGGAUGUCCUCCAGAGCUACUUUGACCUUCUCGGCGAGUUAAUGAAAUUCAACAUCGAUGCCUUCAAAAGGUUUAACAAGUAUAUCAAUACAGAGGAGAAGUUUCAGAUUUUCUUGAACCAGAUUAAUAGCUCUUUAGUCGACUCGAACAUGCUCGUGCGAUGCAUCGCUCUGUCUUUAGACCGGUUCGAGAGCCAGUCGGAUGAUAUUAAAGUUGCAGAAGUGCUGUCUGAAUGCCGGUUGCUGUCUUACAUGACUCAGGGAUCCAUCCGAAUGUCCUUCCUUUUCCGACUAAUUAACAUCAUCCACGUGCAGACGCUAACACAGGAGAACGUCAGCUGUUUAAAUACGAGCCUCGUCGUUCUGAUGCUGGCGAGGAGGAAAGGCCGGCUACCCUGCUACCUGCAAACCAUCCGGAACAUGGAGUGCUUGGAGAAAUACCCAGGAUACAUUCUCAACAACUUCCACAGCCUUCUACGCUUCUGGCAGCAGCAUUACCUCAACAAGGACAAAGACAGCACCUGCUUAGAAAACAGUUCAUGCAUUAAUUUCAGCUACUGGAAAGAAACGGUGUCUGUGCUUUUGAACCCAGACAGGACAUCUCCGUGUGCCAUAGUCGGCUACAUCGAUGAGGCCUAUAUGGAUGUGGACAGAGACUUUUGUGAAGACUGA